UUCACGCUGUCCUGAGAAAGACUCUUUUUUUUCCUCUCUUCCUCACAGACUCUCUCAUUCUCUACCCUGUUAUUUUUUCUCUUGUGUUCUGAGAAAGAUAUAUGUUUUAAUCUUAACAAUCGUUUUUGAGGAAGAGAUGGGAAAUUGUCAGGCGGUUGAUGCGGCGGCGUUGGUUUUACAGCAUCCCGACGGUAAAAUCGAUAGAUAUUACGGUCCUGUCUCUGUCGCCGAAAUCAUGCGUCUAUAUCCUGGUCAUUACGUUUCUCUUAUUAUUCCUUUGCCGGAGACAAAUAUUCCAGAGAAGACCGCGGCCGAAGAUGCUUAUAGUCAGAGAAGGGUCGUGAGGUUCACGCGCGUGAAACUUCUCCGACCAACGGAGAAUCUCGUACUUGGUCAUGCUUACCGCCUCAUCACUUCACUAGAGGUUAUGAAAGUUUUAAAAGCAAAGAAGUACGCGAAUACAAAGAAGCAGCAGAAUGAAACGACUAGAGAGGAGAAGAAGGCAUCGUUGGAGAAGAACGUUGAUGACGAAUCCGACAAGAAUCAGAAUCUGGAAUCAAAUGAUGAGAAGCAACGUACAGUGUUAACAAGCUCAGGUUCGUCCAAAUCAAAAACAUGGAGGCCAUCAUUGCAGAGCAUUUCUGAAGUUACAAGCUGAUCUUUAUUUUAGUUUUGCUUGAGGGACAGAAACAUAGUCUCUGUGGAGACCAUCUGAAGAUAAAGAGAUAUAAACUCUUCUCUUUUAGGUUCUUUUCUGGUUUUUACUCGAUCGAGAGGAAAAACUCUAGAGAUUCAAAACCGAGUCCCUUUUCUCUUCUCGCCAAUGUAUAUAAGUUCUCAAGCUGAAGAAAUCGAUUAAAAAGGAAUUGUGAAACAGAUAUUUAGAAAAAAAACAGAGAUUUAUUUGACAAUUAUUAUGUUUUUAUUUCUGAAUGCCUAGGCAAGAACAUAUAUGUUCAAUGUGUCCAAAAACUUUUGAUUUGGAUGUCUGUAAAGCAUAAUAUGGUUGUAAGAAUUUCAUUGAGUUGGAGAGGUACGAGUAGGUAACACAUCUUUUCAAAC